UCCGUCUCUUCAUGUCUACCUUCCUUAUCUCGUUCCAUUCCGCAGGACUACCAGCCACCGAUGAUCGCAAGAAGCGGCCUCGGACCGCAUUUUCAGCCGCCCAAAUCAAAGCGCUCGAGACGGAGUUUGAGCGGGGCAAGUACCUAUCGGUGGCGAAGCGAACGGCUCUGGCCAAGCAACUACACCUCACCGAAACGCAGAUCAAAAUAUGGUUCCAGAAUCGUCGCACCAAGUGGAAGCGCAAGUAUACGGCCGAUGUUGAAUCGCUUGCCUCGCAUUACUACACCCAACUCGGUAUUGGUAGCUUCGCGCGACCGAUGGUGGUGGGUGAUCGGUUGUGGCUCUUUAGUCAAACACCGAACGGACCAACACCCGUCCAAUCGUUACUUUUAAAUGGUCCAAUACCUAACGCAGGACCUCCAGCACUAUCACAGCAUGGUGGUUCUGCUGCUACAGGUCGUCCUUAUGCCGGACUAGUCAACAACAGUUCAGCCAUCCAUCCAUUCAGCACGGCGGCGCGCACAGUGACCGGAACAGCUGCCAACUACCUUCACAAAUUGUCCCCCGGAACGCAGCCCCAACCACGAAUGUCCGCUACAUUAGCUCUUCGGCCACUGCUCGGAAACGGUGGUGAGUUCCUCGAGACAGGAUACUACGGCCCAGGAACGGGGCCUAGAUACAAUCAGCCGCAGCUAAUCGGUACUUCAACAGCCCUGUUGCCUGUGGCAGAUGGUGGUCCCACCUGCAGCGGAAACAGUAGUUCCGGAAUAGCCGAUUUAGAACGUGCUUUCGGAAAUCCAAGCAGCAUGAUCGAGAGUCUGAGCAACACAUCAAACGUUGGUCCAACUACUAGCGCUGCUGAGUUGCUAGCACGUGGCCACGCGGAUUACAUCAACAACAACGAUUGCACAAGCAAAGAUGAUGCCCUUCGAGAAGACGAAUCUUCUAGUGACAUUGACUGCGAGGAGCUUGGUGAGGGUACGUGUGCGUAA